UCCGCGUGGCGUGGACGUGCCUUAGUUAAUUCGUUUGAACCAUGCAGCGAUUCUUGGGAAGGAACAGUCAGAGCCUACUGCUGCGAUGUGGUCAUCGCUAUCUGGCCACCACUCCCGUGGAGGAGGUUCUAUUCCCCACCAAAUCGGACUUUCCCAGCCGCCAUAUAGGUCCUCGCAAGACGGAUGUGGUAGCAAUGUUGGAUACUCUGGGUUACAAGUCCCUGGCUGAGCUAACCGAAAAAGCUGUGCCCCAAAGCAUUCAACUGAAGAGGGAACUCAACCUGGACAAACCCCUGAAUGAGCACGAGCUAAUCCGCCGAAUCCGCGACAUCUCGCUGAAGAAUCAGCUGUGGCGCUCCUACAUCGGAAUGGGUUACCACAACUGCCAUGUGCCGCACACGAUUAUCCGGAAUUUGUUCGAGAAUCCGGGUUGGACCACGCAGUACACGCCGUACCAGCCGGAAAUAGCCCAGGGUCGCUUGGAGUCGCUACUCAACUACCAGACCCUGGUGUCCGAUCUCACCGGCUUGGAUGUGGCCAAUGCCUCGCUGCUGGACGAGGGAACCGCUGCAGCCGAGGCCAUGUGCCUGGCCACGAGGCACAACAAGCGGAAGAAGCUGUAUCUCUCGAAUCGAGUGCAUCCCCAGACGUUGUCCGUGGUCAAGACGCGAGCCGAAGCCCUGGAGCUGGAGAUCGUGGUGGGACCCAUUGAACAGGCCGAUCUGCCCAGUCGCGAAUUGGCUGGCAUUCUGCUGCAGUAUCCAGAUACCUAUGGUGAUGUCAAGGACUUUGAGGAUGUGGCAGCCUUGGCAAAGAAAAAUGGGACCCUUGUGGUGGUGGCCACCGAUCUGCUAUCAUUAACUCUCCUUCGUCCGCCGGCGGAAUUCGGAGCGGAUAUUGCCGUGGGAACUUCCCAGCGCUUGGGAGUUCCACUGGGCUACGGUGGUCCCCAUGCCGGAUUCUUCGCCUGCAAGCAGAGCUUGGUGCGUCUGAUGCCCGGCCGAAUGAUCGGGGUCACCAGGGACAUGGACGGAAACGAUGCCUAUCGCCUGGCCCUGCAGACCAGGGAGCAGCACAUCCGCAGGGACAAGGCCACGAGUAACAUUUGCACGGCCCAGGCUCUGCUGGCCAACAUGUCGGCCAUGUACGCCAUUUACCACGGUCCGGAGGGCCUAAAGGCCAUGGCCAAUCGCAUCCACCACUUCACGCUGACCCUGCAAACGGGACUCCAGGGAGUGGGUCACGAGGUGGUCAACAAGAAUUUCUUUGACACGCUGAACAUCAGGCUGGGUGGAAAUCUCUCGCUGGAGGAUCUCAAGGAGCGCGCCGAGCACAAGCGCAUUAAUCUUCGAUAUCUCGAGGAUGGAACUGUGGGCGUGGCCUUGGAUGAGACGGUCAGUGUGGCAGAUGUGGACGAUCUGCUGUGGGUUUUCAAGGCGGAGGCCACUGUGGAACAACUACUGGCGCGACGUGAUGUCCUUAAGAACUCCAUUGAGAACUCCAAGUUCCUGCGAACGUCGCCCUAUUUACAGCAUCCCAUUUUCCAGAGCUAUCACAGCGAAUCCCGCAUGGUGCGCUACAUGAAGAAGCUGGAGAACAAGGACAUCUCGCUCGUGCACUCGAUGAUUCCGCUGGGAUCCUGCACCAUGAAGCUCAACUCGACCACCGAGAUGAUGCCCUGCUCCUUCCGCCACUUCACCGACAUCCAUCCCUUCGCUCCGGUGGAACAGGCCCAGGGCUUCCAUCAGAUGUUCAGCGAACUGGAGCAUGAUCUCUGCGAGAUUACGGGAUAUGACCGAAUCUCCUUCCAGCCCAAUUCGGGGGCCCAGGGAGAGUAUGCCGGUCUGCGAGCCAUUCGCAGCUACCACGAGCACCGCAAUGAAGGUCACCGGAAUAUCUGCCUAAUCCCAAUCUCAGCGCAUGGCACAAAUCCAGCUUCGGCUCAAAUGGCGGGCAUGAAGGUGGAGCCGAUUAGGAUACUGUCGAAUGGUUCCAUCGAUAUGGCCCACUUGAGAGCCAAGGCGGAGGAGCAUGCCCAUGAAUUGUCCUGUCUCAUGAUCACCUAUCCAUCGACAAUGGGCGUUUUUGAAGAGACGGUGGCGGAGAUUUGCACCCUGAUCCACAAGCACGGCGGUCAGGUGUACCUGGACGGGGCGAACAUGAACGCCCAGGUGGGUCUGUGUCGGCCAGGUGACUACGGCAGCGAUGUUUCGCAUCUCAACCUGCACAAGACCUUCUGCAUUCCGCACGGCGGCGGUGGUCCUGGAAUGGGUCCCAUCGGCGUGAAGGCCCAUCUGGCACCCUACCUGCCGGGACAUCCGGUGGUCAGUCCGCUGGCCAGUGAGGAGCACAGUUUCGGUGUGGUUUCCGCUGCUCCCUUCGGCAGCUCGGCCAUUUUGCCCAUCUCCUGGUCGUAUAUCAAACUCAUGGGCAGUCGUGGCCUGAAGAGAGCCACCCAGGUGGCCAUUCUCAAUGCCAACUACAUGUCCAAGCGGCUGGAGCAGCACUAUAAGACGCUCUACAAGGCACCCAACUCGCAGCUGGUGGCCCAUGAGUUCAUUUUGGAUAUACGCGAUCUGAAGAAGUCGGCCAAUAUCGAGGCAGUGGAUGUGGCCAAGCGUCUCAUGGAUUACGGCUUCCAUGCUCCAACGAUGUCGUGGCCCGUGGCUGGAACCCUGAUGAUCGAGCCCACCGAAUCCGAGGACAAGGAGGAGUUGGAUAGAUUCUGCGAUGCCAUGAUCUCCAUUCGCGAGGAGAUCGCCGAGAUCGAGGCGGGUCGCAUGGAUAGGGCCGUUAAUCCCCUGAAGAUGUCUCCUCACACCCAAGCUCAAGUCAUCUCGGACAAAUGGGAUCGUCCUUACACUCGUGAGCAGGCUGCCUUCCCAGCUAUCUUCGUGAAGCCAGAUGCCAAGAUCUGGCCAACUGUGGGCAGGAUCGAUGAUGCCUAUGGCGACAAGCAUCUUGUAUGCACCUGUCCACCCAUUUUGCCUGAUUUAUAAGGCGUUUUUAGAUAUAAGACAAACUUAACAUCCGAUUGACUAUUACUUCUUAAUGAAACCAAAUAAAGUACCUUUUAUAUAAUA